GCAACACAAACAGUGAGCUGUCAUAUUUCCGUUCGGAUCGGGUGAUUCUUGGAUUUUGCUAAUUUUUCGUACAAAUAAGCGUAAAAUAACAUUAAAAUGGCCAAGAAGACUUACGAUUUAUUGUUCAAACUGCUCCUCAUCGGCGACUCCGGCGUGGGAAAAACUUGCAUUUUAUUUAGAUUUUCAGACAAUCAUUUCACGACCACUUUUAUUUCCACUAUCGGUAUCGACUUCAAAAUAAAGACAGUGGAGCUGCGGGGUAAGAAGAUAAAGCUGCAGAUCUGGGACACGGCGGGGCAGGAGCGCUUCCACACGAUCACGACGUCGUACUACCGCGGCGCCAUGGGCAUCAUGCUUGUAUACGAUAUCACCAACGAAAAAACAUUUGAUGACAUCGUCAAGUGGCUCAGAAACAUAGACGAGCAUGCAAACGAGGAUGUGGAGAAGAUGAUCCUCGGCAACAAGUGCGAUAUGGAGGAGAAACGUGUUGUCAGCAAGGAGCGCGGAGAGGCGAUAGCGCGCGAGCACAGCAUCCGCUUCAUGGAAACUUCGGCAAAAGCUAACAUCAACAUCGAGCGCGCCUUCUCCGAGCUGGCAGAGGCUAUCCUCGAUAAAACAGCCGGCCGUGGCACUGAUAGCGACGCCGCCCGCAUCGCAGUGGAGCGCCGGCCGUCGCGCGCGCCGCAGCAGCGCGCCUGCUGCACGUAGGGCGGCCGAGCCACCCGGCACCGGCACGAGGCCGCCCCGGCACCGGCACGAGGCCGCCCCGGCACCCGGCACGAGGCACUCUGGGAGGCCGAGAGGCCGAGGGUGGUGGAGUGGCCGCGGACCAAGCACCCGGAUAGUUAUGAACGACAUUUUGGUGGCCCCAAAACUACAACGCCGUUACUACAGUGGGUUCGUUUGAGGGACAGUACAAGUCUUAGGUUAUAAAUGUGUAGUUGUGACAUUUGUUUUCUGUAAUAAACAAUUCGGAAAGCUUUCAUGGUUGAAAAUCGAGCUUGAACACGAAAAUAAUGUCUACAAAUAUUUUUACCGGACACUUGUACCUUUCCUGAAAUGAGAUUCGGAAACUAGCAAUUAAUUUUUUAAAGGAUAAACAGUUUAUAGGCCACUUCAAAAUAGUAAAAAGUGCAGAGGGCGGUCAGACAGUAGCUUUCGAUAAUAUUUAUAUGUAACUGUAUAGGUAAUGCUUUGUUACGUUAAAGUAGGGAUGGCCAACCUAUGUCAUAUUCAGGUCAAUUUAUUAUGUCCAUAUAAUUUUGGUGGCCGGUAAUGUUCACUUUUUUUAGGUUUAAAAUAGUUGAGCAUCCCUACGUUAGAGCUUGCGUACAGCGAGUGGUCGUCUAGUCGCACUUCGGUGCCGGGCUUACUUGGAAGCGGUCGCUUGGUUUGGUGUUAGGUUUGAUGUUUUAAAGUGAUAUAUAGGCGAAUGGUCUGAAAUAUAAAUUUUACUAACAGCGACACAUUUAAAUGACGAUUACCAGAAAAAAAACUUAUCGAAAAGUAACGUUCGGAUAUCGGAAUUUUCAAGCCUUAAAUAGAUGUGCUAGGUCCCUUUACCACAUAUAUCGUCAAUUAAGUGUGUUGGUGAAUAAAUAAGAAGCGUUUAUUUCGUCAAAAUUGUGUCGAACUAGCUUGCGUUUUGUGCUUAUUUUUUUUGGAUUUGAGUUAGGUUGUCAAAAAAAUACACAUUUAUUUUAGUACUUAUAGCCUAAACACGCCGCUUUGUAAAGUAAAUGUCAUAAUAUUGUACGGUGUUAGACGGUUAAGGUAUCUCGACUACAAUCUCUGCUACAGACGAUCUGUUACAUAAUCGCUGGAAAAUGCACUUUAUGUCAAUCGUUUAAGGUUCAUAUCGGAGGCGAAACGAUUGUUUAAGAAUAACACGCAUAUGUUUUAGAUUUAUCUAUGCUAUCAAUUAUUAGUCUUAAAUUCUACUUUAUUGUUAUACUAUGUGUAUGUCAAGCGAGAGGAUGUGAAAAAUGCUCGCGUUUUCGGCUAUGUGGAUGUGCCGAUAAAAAAGGACCUUACGUACUGUUACUUAAAGCCUUUUUUACCUGGACAGACUCAUAAUGUUAAGAUUUAUUUGGUUAGUUGUAACGAAAUGUGUAUAUUGUGCAAUAAAUAAUCAAUAGCUUGAAAGAUAUUGUGUCUCCAGAAAAUCAAUAUCUUGACUAUAUUUUGAUUGAAAAGUUAAACAAGGGAUGCACUGUUAUAAGGGUACGUUUACAUUGAGCUAUUAGUUUGAAAUAUAACUUGAAGCGGGUGUACUGUCGGCAACUAAAGUAUCUACACUGAAGUCACGAGUGUCACGACAAAGAUUAUAUUACAACAGUUGACUGUAUUUACAAACUUUGUGCCAAUGUAAACAUGCCUAAUACUUUUAUAAGUUGUCUGAACACUACUCAUGAAAAGCAGAUCAAGAGCGCUUUGGUGAACAAAAACAUUUAAAACGGUUUUUGAGGCAUUUUAUGUAUCUAUAAUGCGUAGAAUUAUUUCAACUGCUUUGUAAAAAAUCUAGAAAAACGCAUUGCUUUUUAGUUUUGAAAAGCUGGGCAAAUCCGAGCCAAGAAUCCUGAAAACUAAUACCAUCUUCCCUAUGACUUUUCUGAUCGGCUAAUGAUCUUGUGCGACUUAUGGUCUUAUGUCGCACGCUCAAGGUCUUAUGUGCUAGGUGGAGUGGUGACCCAUUAAAAAUCAGAAGGUUAACUCUAUAUUUUAUUUUACGUACAGUGAUGGUUUCUAAUAAAGUGGCGGGGACCCGUGAGAACAUACCUGACAGUAACUCCCCGCGCGUCUCGCGCCCGAUUCAUUUUCGCUGCGUAGUGGGAUUAGCUAACCAAGUGUGUUCCAACAAUCUAAUUUCUGCUUGUUUUUAUUUAUUUAUUCAGACAUGUGUAAGGGAGGUAUUCCAACUAUCCAAUUUUGCUUAGUGAGAGAGUGAGACGCAAUGCACAUUGGACAUAUAAAAAGAUGAUCGUUUUAACUAAGUUUUGGGUCGGAUUGGCUUAUGUCAAGGACUUAAUUGGUAUAAACAGCAACAUACUGUAAGUCUUAUUUUAUUGAUAUGAUAUUAUAAUGGUCAGAUACGUUUGGUGAUGUUAGAACCUACGCUACAACUAUUUUAUAUAACACGCAAUAGUAAACUAUAUUAAAAUGUAUUAAGGUUAAUUUUACACUGAAUAUUGUCAAUAUAAUGAUGAGAUUUCAUGCAUGUUUUACUUAAUUUAUGUUAGUAUUGGACCAAGCCUUGACUUUGUUUUAUUGUGGCUGGUCUUGCUUGUUACUUAAUGCAUUUUGCGAAAUCAACAAACAUGUGAAAGUGGCUAAGACACUAGACUGAAAUUAAUACACGUUAUUUUUUAUUUUUUUUAUAGACAAAUAUUGUACCUUCUUAAAGUACCAGUGUGGCGAACUGGCGACGAUAAUAUUACUAGCUACGCCCAUAUUUUUACAAUCUAUUUUACAAACGAAGAUACUUUAUUGAGUAAAUUGAGUUUACUGACUAUUUUCAAGCUGAUUUUAGCAAUGAGAUUAAAGAGAUAUCGGCAUGGAGCGUUUCAUGGAUAUAGCUAUAGGUAUUCUAUGUAUAUCGAUCGGUACCUAUUUAUUUGUCUAGUGUCAGUGCCAAAAAAGCAACCGUAACAUAUCUCAGAAGCAAUACUGCGCGUGUGUCAGCUGAACGUCGGUGGUUUAAAGCACUGCUAUUUAAAAUUAUGGCUUAUUACAACGUCUUUAAGUCAUCAUUUUGAAUGUCAAGGUUAUGAUAAUAUGCUGUGCUUUAAAGCAUUGAUUUAUAAUGAAUUUUAUUACCUGGCUGUAUUUUUAUGUUUCGAGAUUGUAUAGGUUUACGUAUAGCAACGCUUUUUCUGACUACUUCUAUUAUGCACGAAAAAUAUUUAAGAUCGAUCAGUAAAGUAAAAAAUUCUCCACGUACGGUCUGCCUGACAAGUUGUUUAUGGAAUUUAUAUACUCUAACAAUUAUUCAUAACCUCGUAAGACCCACCAUAUAGUUUUUUUUUUAAUUUGAACCUUAUUCUAUAAGUAAAUUGGAACGAAUUUCGUUUGUUUUACAACGCAAUGAAACAAAUCUAUUUGUUUCAUCAAAAGGUUUAAAUUAGAUUGCAAUGAAAUCAUUUUAAUGUACAUUUAGCCUCACGAGGAUAAAUUAAUUUCAAUAUUGUCAUUGAUGUAAGGUUAAAAUAGCCUAUUAUUCAAUUUGUCUUACCAUACCCUCUACCCAACCUCGAAAUAUUAUGUCAACAGCAAAAGUAGCACAAAUAAGUGUAGAAAAUUCUGCACACAGAUUACCGUUUUCGCUUAUCAUAUUAAGAAUGUUAUUCUGAGUUACUUUUGCUAUAGUACCGUUAAGAAAUGCGUGUUAUAAAUUAGGGUGUGGUGUCAAAUAUUUGAUUUUAUUUUCUAUCAUGCGAACUAUAUGUUCAGAACUUUCAGCUAUUGCAAAAUAUACGUAAACUUAGAAUUUGCUCGAUAAAAAAUCGAAUAAAAAAAUUUGACAUAUCGGCGUCGGCCCACCGCACAUUAAGUCCUAUUUAAUCGUACGGUGUAUGUGUCGUCGGUUUUUACCUGCUUUUAUAAAUAAACAUCAGCAUUGUAUAUUAUGUUCAUAUUAAACUACCUAUCGUAA